AUGGCAGAUGGUACCUACAGGUUCCAGCAGCCUGGGGCCGGGCAGUUCUACUUCCAAACACAAUCGCAGCAACAGCACUCGCUCCAGAGAAACGCAAUCCAGAACGGGACCAAUUCUCCGGGUCGACUGAAAUUCAACCCCAACACUCCAUCCCCUUCUCGAUCACCUCCCACAACCCAAUCAUCUUCACUGAAUCCUUUCACCAUGUACGGUCAAAAUCACCAAGGCCAGCAUGUGAUGAUGAAUGGCGGUCAGACCCACCAGCGAUUUACCAUGCAGAUGCCAAAGUUCCAAACACAAAGUCACCCUCACCAUCACGCUCCGCAACCCACGCACCAUCACACACACCAAUCGCACACCCAACACGGCCUCGCUCAUCAGCAACACUUCCCUGCUGGUGCCCUUGCCACCACCACACCUCAUUUCGCUGCCAACCACCUUCAAAAUGGCGCAUCCAACACGGGAGACGACGACAUUGAUGAGUCCAUGAACGAGCAUUGGCAAGAGCAACUUCAACUUGCUGCUGAGUCUCGGCAAGCCACGUCACCUCAUCACUAUGCUCGCAUUAUGGCUCAGCAGUCCAAGGGCAUUCAGAUCAUGCCGAGCCACAAUGAUUCUUCGGACCACAAAGCCGACAGCCGAAAUGGGACUGUUGCCUCGAAGAUCGUCUCCCGACAAGGUUGGAAUGCGUUGGAUUUUGGUGGCCAGGGCCUGCGGGUCAUGGCUAGCUCCUUGUUUAACUACACCUUCCUUGAGAAGCUCUACCUCAACCACAACAAGCUGAAAGUGUUGCCUCCAGCGAUCGGCCAGCUCCGUAAACUGACCCAUCUCGACCUUUCCGGCAAUGAGCUGAGUGAGCUUCCGGAAGAGAUCGGUAUGCUCACAAAUCUCAAGAAGCUGUAUCUCUUUGACAACAACAUUCGCACCCUGCCCUACGAGGUUGGGUAUCUCUACCGAUUGGAGACGCUGGGUAUUGAGGGCUGCCCCUUGAAUGAUGUUCUCAAGUCUCAGAUCAUGAAGGAGGGAACCAAGGCACUGGUCAAGUACUUGAAAGAAGAGAUGCCAGUUCACUUGCCUCCCCCCGACAGAGAUUGGAUCAUCCUUGACGAGACCGCAAGCUCCGCCAAUAGCCCCACAGAGAAGAUCACUGUUCUCUCCUACAAUACCCUCUGCGAUUCUUCCGCCACUCAGUCGCACUAUGGUUAUGCCCCGUCUCGUGUUCUCUCCUGGGAGUUCCGCCGCGAGCUUAUCCUCAACGAAUUGCGAUCUCACAACUCAGACAUUGUCUGCCUUCAGGAGGUGGACCAAGGCAGCUACAAUCAUUUCUACCGUGAGCAGCUUGCUUACAGUGGCUACAAGGGUGUGUAUUGGCCUCGCGGUCGAGCAAUGGGCAUGCAAGAGGAAGAUGCCAAAUCCGUGGACGGAUGCGCCAUCUUCUACAAGGGUACCAAGUAUAUCCUUCUCGACAAGCAGCUCAUCAACUUUGGUCAAACUGCGGUUCGUCGCCCUGACGCCAAGGGUCAGGAUGACAUCUACAAUCGUCUCUGGCAAAAGGACCACAUUGCUGUGGUGGUGUUUUUGGAGAACCGAUUGACGGGCGCUCGCUUCAUGGUCGUCAACGCCCAUCUGUACUGGGAUCCCGCGUUCAAGGAUGUCAAGUUGAUCCAAACCGCCAUUCUCAUGGAAGAGAUCACGAAGCUGUCGGAUGGCUACGCCAAGUGGCCCGCUUGUACCGAUAAAACAGCUUUCCGCUUUUCCGAAGCUGAGAGCGGCUCUGAGAACACCCCUGUGGCCGAGCCAGCGCCAUCCAUGGAAUAUGCAAGUGGUGACCAAAUUCCACUCCUGAUGUGCGGUGACUUCAAUUCCAACCCCGGAUCUGCGGCCUACAAUCUGAUUGCGAAUGGACACCUCCCGGAAGAGCAUCCCGAUCUCGAGAAGCGACUUUAUGGUAACCUCAGUCGUGUCGGCAUGACGCACCCCUUCAAGCUGAAGUCUGCCUACGGUUCGAUUGGAGAGCUCAGCUUCACAAACUACACACCUGAUUUCAUUGACAUUUUGGACUACGUUUGGUAUUCAUCCAACACCUUGCAUGUUUCCGCAUUGCUAGGUGAGGUGGACAAGGAGUAUCUUCGUCGGGUCCCUGGGUUCCCUAACUUCCACUUCCCAAGUGACCACAUCGCCUUGUUUGCGGAAUUCACUGUGAAGGGCAAGAAAGGCAAGGUUGUAGAGGCCGACUUUGGCCCACAACGACACUGA